AUGGAAGGAGAAUAUUUCAUGGGCGGAGGGGUCAUUGUGGGAGACUGGGAGGAUAGAGGAGGGGAUGAAGAAUAUGCCGAAGGGGAGGACGAUGCCGAGGUGCAGCAGGAGUGUCUACAGAAAUUGGGCAGCCGGGACUACAUCAUGGAACCCGCUAUAUUUAACUCCUUGAAGAGGUAUUUCCAGGCCGGUGGCUCCCCAGAGAACGUCAUACAGCUGCUGUCAGAGAAUUACACCGCCGUGGCGCAGACAGUGAAUUUGUUAGCUGAAUGGCUGAUCCAGUCAGGUGUGGAGCCGGUGCAGGUGCAGGAAACGGUAGAGAACCAUCUGAAAAGUCUCCUCAUUAAACACUUUGAUCCACGUAAAGCAGAUUCCAUCUUCACAGAGGAAGGAGAGACUCCGGCUUGGUUGGAGCAAAUGAUCGCACACACAACAUGGAGAGACCUUUUCUACAAGCUGGCAGAGGCUCACCCAGACUGUUUGAUGCUGAACUUCACUGUAAAGCUCAUCUCAGAUGCUGGAUAUCAGGGUGAAAUCACCAGCGUCUCCACAGCUUGCCAGCAGCUUGAGGUGUUCUCCAGGGUGCUUCGAACUUCUCUGGCCACCAUUUUAGAUGGAGGAGAGGAGAACCUUGAGAAGAACUUGCCAGAAUUUGCUAAAAUGGUCUGCCAUGGAGAGCACACGUAUUUGUUUGCCCAAGCAAUCAUGUCCAUAUUGGCGCAGGAGGAACAGGGGGGAUCUGCCAUGCGCAGGAUCGCUCAAGAGGUGCAAAGAUUUGCUCACGAAAAAGGUCAUGAUGCCAGCCAGAUCACACUUGCUCUGGGUACAGCAGCUUCCUAUCCUCGAGCAUGCCAAGCACUGGGAGCUAUGUUGUCCAAAGGAGCUUUGAACCCUGCAGACAUCACUGUGCUGUACAAAAUGUUCACAAGCAUGGAUGCCCCCCCUGUGGAGCUGAUCCGUGUUCCCGCUUUCCUGGACCUUUUCAUGCAGUCACUUUUUAAACCAGGUGCCAAGAUAAACCAGGACCACAAACACAAGUACAUCCACAUACUGGCAUAUGCAGCCAGUGUGGUGGAGACCUGGAAGAAGAACAAAAGGGUGAAUAUAAACAAGGAUGAACUGAAGUCCACCUCCAAAGCAAUAGAGACGGUUCACAAUCUGUGCUGCAAUGAGAACAAGGGGGCCUCAGAACUGGUGGCGGAGCUGAGCACACUGUAUCAGUGUAUCAGGUUCCCAGUUGUGGCGAUGGGUGUUCUGAAGUGGGUGGACUGGACCGUGUCGGAACCUCGCUACUUCCAGCUACAGACAGAUCACACCCCUGUCCAUCUGGCCUUGCUGGAUGAGAUCAGCACAUGCCACCAGCUGUUACACCCGCAAGUCCUGCAGCUUCUUAUCAAACUCUUUGAGACAGAGCACUCGCAGCUGGAUGUCAUGGAGCAGCUGGAGCUGAAGAAGACUUUGCUGGACAGGAUGGUCCACCUGCUGAGUCGAGGUUAUGUACUUCCAGUGGUCACUUACAUGCGCAGAUGUCUGGAGAAGAUGGACACCGACAUCUCACUUAUACGAUACUUUGUCACAGAGGUCCUAGAUGUCAUUACUCCCCCUUACACCUCAGACUUUGUACAGCUUUUCCUCCCAAUCCUAGAAAAUGAAAGCAUAGCCGGCACUAUCAAGGCAGAGGGAGAACACGAUCCAGUAACAGAGUUCAUAGGUAAGAAUCUGCAUAUUUUGUCCUGCUUUUAUUUGUAA